AUGCUCCAAAGAAACUACACUGAAGUGACAGAAUUUAUUCUCUUGGGCCUGACGAGCCAUCCAGAGUUGCGAGUUGCUUUCUUUGUUUUGUUCCUUGUGGUCUACCUCGUCACUGUGAUAGGAAACCUGGGCAUGAUUGUUUUAAUCAGAAUUGACGCGCGACUUCACACCCCCAUGUACUUUUUUCUCUCAAGCUUGUCUGUUCUAGAUCUGUGUUUCUCCACCAAUGUCACUCCCAAAAUGCUGGAAAAUUUCUUAUCAGAGAAGAAGACCAUCUCCUACGCAGGCUGCCUGGCGCAGUGCUAUGCGGUCAUUGCUGUGGUCCUUACAGAGCACUGCAUGCUGGCUGUGAUGGCAUAUGACCGCUACAUGGCUAUCUGCAAUCCUCUGCUCUACAGCAGCAAGAUGUCCCAGAGGGUCUGUGUCCGCCUGGUCAUUAUCCCUUAUGUCUAUGGCUUCCUCGUUAGCGUGAUGGAAACCUCGAGGACCUACAACCUCUCUUUCUGUGGUGACAAUGAAAUUAAUCAUUUCUCCUGUGCCGACCCACCUCUCAUCAAGCUGGCAUGCUCUGACACCUACAACAAAGAGUUAUCCAUGUACAUAGUGGCUGGCUGCAGCAACGUCCAGUCCCUCCUGAUCAUUCUCACGUCCUACGUGUUCAUCCUCGUUGCUAUCCUCUGAAGCCGUUCUGCGGAAGGGAGAAAAAAAGCUUUUUCCACAUGUGGCUCGCACCUGACAGUGGUCACAGUCUUCUACGGAACCCUCUUCUGCAUGCACCUGAGACGCCCCACAGAGGAGUCUGUGGAGCAGGGCAAAGUGGUGGCUGUGUUUUAUGCCACAGUGAUCCCUAUGCUGAACCCCAUGAUCUACCGCCUCAGGAAUAAGGAUGUGAACGAGGCAUUGAGAAGAGCAAUAGGGAAACAAAAACUGGGGAAAUAA